AUGACGCCCUCCGCAUUUGGCCUCUGCGAUGUUAUUGACCCGCCUCAGCCAGCAUCGAAGCUUGAUCCUCUAGACCUUCAUGAACAUUCCACUGUCGACCACGUCAAUUUCGAGACACCGAGGCCGUCCGAGGUCUGGGGAGAAUCAACGGCGGAUGGUGACUACGCGCAGGAAAUGAGAGAUAACCCAUCGAACAUAUUCUUCAGUGGCAUUAGCCAUCCUCCAGAACCUCUGUUCACUGUUACACAUCUCUUGGAGCCCACAGACCAGGUGCCAGGUUAUGACCUUCCCUCAGCAGGCAGAUGGUCCGAUGGUUCCGAUUCCAUAUCUCCAAGCCUUCAUUCGCCUACAAUCAGAUCACUGUGCAAUGAGUGGGCUGAUGACUGUUCCCCACUGGAGCAGACUAAUGAAGAGUAUAUGCCUCAUCCGAGCAAGGAUCAAGGAAGCCCUUAUAACAUCGUAUUCAUAUCUGACAAUAUGCCCGCGCUCCCGGAUCAUAACGAGGAUCUCAUCGCUCAACAUCGCAGCGAUCCCACCAAUUUACUAGAUGCGUCAGUCAACAUCAUCGCCGAUCUGCAUGCAUUGCUUUCAAGCGCUGGCACGAACGUCAUGUCCAGUGUCGUCACAUCUGAUCUACACAAGGUAGAGCAGAAUGCAACAAAAACAGGAAACGCACACUGUAUUGCUGACGCCAUAGUCGAAAGCAAUGUGGAUGUGCAGCACAUUAUCGACGAGGAGACCAUUCAGGCUGAUAGGGAAUAUGAUGGUCACAUCCUGGUGGAGACCCCACCUUCAGCUUGUCUUUUGUCGUCCUCGCAUCAACCUGGUUUGCAGUCUCGUGUCAAAUCGCAAGUACGACAUAAGCGCCCUGAAGUAAAGGAAGUCCAGAAUCAAGACACAAGCGCAACCGUGGAAGUUUCGCUGCGGCGCAGCAAUCGGAAUCGGGAGCGCACCGAGGCCACACCCUCCACGACCCCUAUCCACUCCGAGCAGCCGCUAAAACGUGCGCGCAUCGGGAACACACCCACACCCACGGGCAACGGCAAAACAGCGGCAAUGGUAGCCUCCAAGCCCAAACCCAUCGCGAUGGCAGACGGACGCUUCGCUUGCCCGCACUGCCCAGCAAAGAAAUUUGAGCGCUACCAUGACUGUCGCCGACACAUAGACAUGAGCAAGCGAUGUCUGGGAUGGAACGGGAUCCUCUAUCCCUGUCGUCGCUGCGGAAAGAAGUAUACGAGGCCCGACGCGGCGAAACGGCACAUGGACGACAAGCCGAAUUGUGGGCAGAAGGGUGGGAGGAAGAAGGGCGGUAAGAAGGAGAAUAGGCCCAGAGACGACUGA